GAUCUCAGUUGCAAUGGAACGGCAAGCCCAUGCAGACAUGACUCUCCCUCGUGCCUGAAAGUGAUACAGGAACUUGGGAGAACUCUAAGAGCAUGUGUUCCUUUAUUUACAGAAGAAUCAAGUAAGCCAGAAACAAGCAGACAGGAAGAGAUGUCAGGUGGUCAUAUAGUCAGGGCUGGCAGCCAAGAUCAGGAACUAGGAACAAGAGCCAGGAACAAGAGCCAGGAGCCAGGAUCAGGAACCAGGAGCCAGGAUUAUGAACCAGGAGCCAGGAUCAGGAACAAGAGCCAGGAUCAGGAACCAGGAGCCAGGAUCAGGAAAAAGAGCCAGGAUCAAGAACAACAGCCAGGAGCCAGGAUCAGGAUCCAGGAUCAGGAGCCACGAUCAGAAACAAGAGCCAGGAUUAGGAACCAGGUACAAGAACCAGGAUCAGGAACAAGAAGCAGGAGGCCCAAGAUCAGGAACCAGGAACAAGCACCACUAAGCCCCAGGAUCAGGAACCAGGACAAGGACCAGAACAACCAAGCACUGACCAACUGCAGUGCUUGA